AUGGGACGAGACUAUCUAUACUCUCACGCGUCGGUCCAGAACUGCUUGAUUUCUGAAAAUCGAACAGUAUAUCGCUUGCACGUAAGAGACACGAAAGACGCCAAACCCUAUGCCGAACAUCUUCGAAGACGACGUGUCGAAGUAAAAGAAUGCAGUGUGAACGAGCUGAACAAACUCUCUGGUGAUCGACCACAUCAAGGAGUGGUACUAGAAGUCAGCCAAUUCCAUACUGCAGCUAUAAAAAGCCUCGGUUUUGUGAUGCAGGACUCUGAAUGGUAUAUAGAGGGUAUCGUUUCUAAGAAGGAUGUAUUCAGGAUACUACUCGCAGAUCAGUCAAGAGGGUUAUCGCCUGUUUGUCUGUGUUUGGAUCAAGUGGUUGAUCCGCAGAACAUGGGAGCCAUUUUACGAAGUGCCUACUUUUUUGGCGUUGAUUGUAUAGUCUUGACGGAACGAGAUACAGCACCGCUCAGUUCUGUAGUGUCGAGAGCCAGUGGAGGAGCUCUCGAAAUGAUGACAAUUCACUCUACUUCUGGUCUCGGUAGCUUUCUCAGACAAAGCAAGGAAAAUGGGUGGCAUGUAUACGGGACUGAUCUCUCAUCUUCCAAGACACACAUCUCUGUUAAGGCUAGUGACACUCGCCUUGUAAACGAUCGACCAAAGAUCCUUGUCUUGGGAUCUGAAGGCGAUACGAAUAGUACAGCUCAAACGAAUAGCGAUGUAUCAACUUCCGCAUUUGUUACUACUUUGGUUGUAUCGCUCGUUACUGCAGCUGUUUUCUAUGCUGGAUAUAUCGUUGCAUCACGUUUCAAGUCGAAUGAUGAGUUUUACUAUCCCAACAAGAAGUUGGGAAUCACACCAAUGGAUGCACUUGAGAAUCCUGAGAAAACAAGAAAUUGGGAUGGGGCGUCAACGAUCUAUGUUACUCUCUUCACAAUAGUUGCAUUGCUUGGAGCCAUCAUUCUCAUCCCAAUUUACUCCCGUGGAAGCGCUCCGAACGUAUCUGGACUCGUUACACUUACGAUUGCCAAUCUGGAUCUCGAUUCUAAAGCAAUCUGGGCGGCUUGGGUCUUCUCCACAAUCUUCUCAGCACUAGUUGUCUUUGCAGCUUUUGUGCUGAUGAACAUAUCCGAAGAGUUGUUCUCCAAGAUCAUGGCUUCCAAACAUCUUGCAUACCGAACAGUUCUCUGUGUAAGAAUACCCAAGGGAUUCAAACAGAGUACUGUAACUGAGAUCUUCAAGAUUCUCAGUCCACAGUAUACAGCCAUAGCCAUGGUAGUGAAUAAUCUCGAAACUGUAUCCAAAGUCGAGAAGCUUCGUAAUGCUAUAGAACAUACAGCAACAAAUAUGAUUGUAGGAGUCAAGGAUAAAAAGUCUGGAGAGUAUGAAGAGCUCAAGAAACGGCCAGAGAAACGGCUAUGGCUGGAUGGAUUCAAAAAGGUUGAUGCCCUCACUUAUGACUCGAAGAAACUGCUCAAGGAGAUGCGUCCUGAGAAAGAACCAAGCCCAAUAACAGCUGCGACUUUACUAUUUGAAACCUCGUUGGCAGCAUCUAUCGCCGAAGGUGUAGCACUUAGAGCCAAUAUCUUCAAACGAUACAGAUUCGUGAAUGUCCAGGAAGAUAUCAUCUGGAGUAAUUUGAAAAUUUCAAAUUACACAAUAAUGAUAAGACGUCUUGCCUCUCAAAGUGUCACCGCCGUGCUUAUUCUUUUAUGGGGAAUACUUGCAGUCUUCAUUGCUUCGAUAGCCAAUAUACCGACGUUGACGAAAUUACUGCCAUUCCUAUCUCCAAUACUGAAUGCAUCUCCUGUCAUAAAGGGUCUACUGACUGGUUUACUGCCUCCACUUGUGGUUUCAAUUGUCUUUUCUCUCAUUCCGACGAUAUUGGGAGCGUUGCUCACUAUUGAAGGCCAUUCCCUAAAAUCACGAAUCCAAAUAAGAGUAAACGUCCGCUACUUUGUUUUCAUAGUCGUCAACAUCCUGUUGGUGACUUCUAUUGGAAGCAGUGUCUUUAGCUCCCUCAACACCAUCGUAAACAAUCCACCAUCAGUAAUCUCAUCACUGUCAACCUCGAUUCCGACAGUCUCCACCUUCUUUGUCAACUUUGUACUACUAGGAGCAUUCGGAGAACCGUCUGGCUACCUGCUGGAUAUAUUUGGAUUGAUCAUCGGGAAAGUGAUGCCUCUCUUCAGCAGCAAGACUGCGAGAGAGGUCGAAGAAGCAUCAAAGCCAGAGCCCUUUCAACCAAGUGUCUUCUUUGCAAAUCAUGCCCUCGUGGCAGUCAUAGGCAUUACAUACAUGUGCAUUGCGCCAUUGGUUUCCGUCUUUGUCGCUUUAUACUUUGGAAUCUACACCAUUGUUCAUUGCUUCAAGUUUGUUUACGUCUUUGCUGCACCACCUCCAGCAACCGAGAUAGGGCACAAACUGAUGAACAUAUUAGCGAAUCAGCUUUUUGUUGGCUUGUAUAUUCACCAGAUCGUGAUGAUUGGCUUGUUUUCUUUGAGAGGACAAGUGGGUGUCGCUCUUCUAGUCCUGGAAGUCAUCGUAUUGGUCAAUACUGCGCUGGCGCACUCGUCAUUGAAGAAACUAUUCCCCCUCCCUCAUGCCAAUCCCUUACCACGAAUACGUGGCAGCGGCAACAGUGUUACCAGCACUGCAAUAGCUAGUGAAUCUCCAACCCUUCAUUCACCAGAAGCCAGCUCGCCAGAAAUAACUAGUAGCCCUGAAAAAAGUCCUGCUAUAUCCGAUGAAGAACUGAAACAAGCAGUUGAUGCCGAACGACGAAUCCAGAACUGGCUUGCCCAGCCUGAUAUUGAUUCUUGUAUAUGGAUUCCUGUUGGUGGUGGAGAAAGAGGUGAGGCCGUGAAGAAUGAACUUGAGAAGGCUGGGUUGGAGGUCAAGACGGAGAAUGCGUAUAUCGAGGAUGGGAAGGUGAAGAUACGGGAAGAGGAGGAAGAGCGUGUAUGA